CAUGUGACGAGGAAGGGGAGGGCUGGCAGCUGUCAGGGAGGAAUAAGUGGAGCCCGGGCUCUCCGGGACUUUUAAUGUGAGCAGCACGGGAGGAUGGACAGAGGCCGCCGGCUCCCGCUGGAUAGUUCUGGAGAGCUGACGCAGAGCGCCGAUGAUGAGUGCUUCCUCGAUGCUCCUCUUCUGCCCUCACAAAAGCUUCAGCCGGAAAUUAGGCCAACGUUUCGUCCUGUCCCUACAGUGACUGUUGCCAUUUUGCUAGCUUUUAUACAGUUGGCAUUCGUAACUCUGGCGGUCGUCUCCGCUUACUUUUGUACGUAUGCUGGGGAUGAAGUAAAAUGCAAGCCGUACAUUCAACCUUUUAAACUGAAUACGAUUGUGGUCAUUGCCAAAGUUGUCCUGUGGAUACUCCAUGUGUUGAACGAGAGGUUUGUUCAGUAUCACCACUACAAAAUCCGAAACCGCGGCUACCUUAAUGUCUAUCGGUCCACCCGGCAUCUCAAAAGUCUUUCUUUAAUGAUUCACUCAACAGGCAAUGCAGCUAUACUUGUGAUAAUCUCUGCACAGGACUCCUUUAAAAGCAGUGCUCACCUGUAUCUCCAUUUAAUUCUGAGUGUCCUGAUACUGGAGUUGAUCCUAUCUCUGGCCUGUCUUCUUAUGUAUGCAGUGAAAAUAUAUAGAUUCAACAGCAGUAUGCCUCGGCCAGAUAUCAUUGAAGAGGAGAAGAUUCAUGCAUAUCAAAGUCAUUUAAAUCCAGAAAUUGGAUUCAGGGAAGGGACAAGCUUGGAAGAAGUAAUUGAAAAACAGGGCGAUACUAUUGAGUAUCUGCAGCGGCACAAUGCUGUACUGAGUAAGCAGUUACUUGCUCUGACGUCACAUCAAAGUUAGGAUGUGCAAUACGGUCACAUGCCAUUCUUGUUGACUGAUGAAGCUCUGCACUUUACAAAAUGUUGGUAACAGUUCAUUCUGUUUCGAUGAUCUAUUUCCAAUAACGAAUAACUAGCCUUUGGAUGACUUAAAUAUAUAUUUAAAUAUAUAUAUAUUUAAAAAAGAAUGUCCUCUGAUUAAAAAAAGAAAUCCUUAAUAAAAAUGAUUUGGUGUAGACUUUUUCUGGUAAUAUCUCCAGAUAUUUAUAUGAAGAUUUCA